AGUGAGAGAAAGAGAGAGAAAGAGAAUGAUGCGCGCCGAUCGCGAUCCACGCUUGGGUUCUCCUUAAAGAAAGAAAAAUAAGUGAGUGGGGGCGGAAGUAAUCGCUCGAGAUAUACUAUAUGCACUUUGAUGUACUUCGUGACAGGACAGGUGAAAAAGCUUGGAGAAACUGUGUUAUCGGAUACUGACAAUUCCGAAAGUGCAGUGUCGUAUUCGUGCACUCGAAUAACGGUGAAAGUUGCGCUGUGCUUAGAGAUGUGCAGAUGAUGUUGUUUUUUGUUUGUUUUUUUUUUUUUUUUAAAUAUCUAUUAAAAAAUUCGUCACCGACGAUAUACCACGAGCGAGUGAACGUGUGAAAAUAAUUGGGAGUCGUCUCAACAUCGCUGAGAGAAGAAAACGCGACGGGGCUCCCUUCUUUUCGUUUAUUCGAGACGAUAUAUACGUUUCCUAUCCGUAAAGUAGGAGAGCCUCGAUUAUUUUUUUGUUGUAUAUUUUUACUAUAAACGAGAAAGAAAUCAUCGUGUUCUCGACAUGUUUAUGAAAAGUAUUUGCCGAUAUGGUUUUAAUUUUCCAGUCUGUUGAUGCAAAUGAAAUAUCUACGAUAUCAAUUUUUCCUAGAUUUAAUAGAGUAGCCAAUGUCGCGCCUAGUGUUUACAACGCAUAAAGAGCUAUGACAAACGUGAAGUUAUAUCGAUAUAAUAUACUGUUGGAAGAUGAUCAUGGCAAAGAAUCAUAUGUAUGUAAUAAUUUGAUACGUUGCACGUUGCAUUUUAUCUCGCAGCAAGCGCUGGAGCAAACUGUCGUAAGAAAGCCAGUGUGCACAGCUCUUGUCUGUAAGUGGCAGUGAAAUUCGAGAUUUUAAAUCAGGGGAUGCCUAGCCUAUACUCGCUCGUCGUACGACGAGCCCCCUUAAUGGAUAUGGGCACGACAAAUAGUUCGGUAACUUCUGCAAAUCCACCUACUAAAACCGGCAACAAUCAGAAGAAAAUAGAUAAGACCAAUAAACUCACCGGUAUAAGAUUACCCUUGUUACGCAAAGAAUCAAGCGUAGUCAAUCUUUCUUUGACCGAAAGAACUUUACCAGGGAAAGGCAUAGAUUCUCCACUUUUGAGGCCCGAAAGCAGUGCUAGUUUAGAAGCUCGAGGCAGCAGUUGGAUUAAUUUAGCUCCUGGCGCGCUUAGAAAAUGUGAAACUGCAGUUGGAUUAAGUACGUCGGCUCUAGAGGGUAGAGCUAUCAAUCGCAGUAGAGUUUGCUCUCGCUGUUCUAGUUUGUUGUCAUUGGCAUCUAGUUCGAGAUACAGUUUAGCUGCUGGAAAUUUUGUCCCAAUAGGUUCACAGCAGACAGUUGGAAGAAUCUUUUGUAAGCUUUGUCUUACCGACACGUCCCUUUCCAAAACGUUUAAAAUUGAAGGCUGUGGUUGUUUCUAUUGUAAAGAUUGUAUGAAAGCAUAUGUCGAAUUUGAAAUUGAAGAGGGUGCAUAUGAAAUUAGCUGUCCGGAUGCACAAUGCGAACAAGGUGCUAUCCUUUCGCUAAAGGAAAUUAGAAGUCUUGUUAGUGCAGAGUUAACGGAGAAAUAUUGCAAGUUUCGUUUAAACAGAGAUGUUUCAAUGGAUACAAAACGUGCAUGGUGUCCACGUGCAGGUUGUGAAACAAUAUGUUCAAUCAAUUCUAAUGGAAGUAGUAGUACACCUCCUGGACCUGUCCACUGUCCUAACUGUUCUACAGAUUUUUGCUCCUUGUGCAGAGAAGCAUGGCAUAGUGGACCUUGUCCCGAUCUUCCAUUAGGUAUACCAUUUGACAGUGAUCAUAUUAAAUGCUGUCCCAUGUGUUCCGUACCUAUUGAAAAAGACGAAGGAUGUGCUCAAAUGAUGUGUAAAAGAUGCAAACAUGUUUUUUGCUGGUACUGUUUAGCUUCUUUAGAUGAUGACUUCUUAUUGAGGCAUUACGACAAGGGACCAUGUAAAAAUAAAUUGGGUCACUCACGAGCAUCUGUAAUAUGGCAUAGAACACAAGUAAUUGGGAUAUUUGCCGGUUUUGGUUUGCUCCUACUUGUCGCGUCUCCUUUGCUACUUUUGGCUGCUCCAUGUAUAGUUUGCUGUAAAUGUCGUGUUUGCGGUUCUUCUAGACUCGAACAGGAGGACGGCGAUACUGCAACAUAG